CGAAGGUGAUGGAUUUUUGCGCCUCGAUUUCGGAAGCGGUUCUCGACGGGCGGCUGCGGAUUUGGGAUAUGCGUGGCAGUGCGUGAAGAGUGGAGGAGCCCUUUAGGUUCUGAAUUUAUCUCGAGUUUGCUCCUCCCCAUGCCUCGCCAUGAUUCCUCUCAACAUUGCACUCGUUGCAGAGCGCACCUCGGACAUUCUGCAGAGCUACUUCGAUCAGGCCCGAUGCGCGGAAGAGCACCGAGCGCAGGAGACGAGGGCGGCGAUCGUGAUUCAAGCUGCCUGGCGAAGGAAGUCAGUGAGGCUUAUACUGAAAUACUGGAGUCGCCACGCUACUGUCAUCCAGCGCUGGUAUCGUGGCCACUUGGACCGGAUAAGAGCACUGGACAUUCGUCGGAAGAAGGAUAAAAUGCUGCGCCUCGAGUAUUUUGGCAAGAGAGCUGUUUUGAUUCAACGCAUCUAUCGAGGGUUUAGGAGUAGGAAAUACGUCCAUGACUUCUACAAAAGACGAGCAUGGAUCGACGGUGCUGUGCAGUCAGGCCAGAGUCUGAGAGCUCGUAUGACGCAAUGGCAAGAACGUCAAAUGAGACAACAGCAGGCCGAUGCAGAAAAGAGCGUUCAAAGCGUAAUCGACGACUUCAUCGCCACCAGCCACUACCGAGUGGGCACAGAGGUGCGCAAGGGAGCAUUCUACUCGCCGCUCAUUGCCAUCUUCGGCAAAGGUCGAAGCUAUUUGGAGGAGCACAUUAAAGAUGCUCGGCGCAGGCAGAUCACAGGCCUGGAGCUUUGGAAACUCAAGGGCUACGACGAGUACGGCAUUCCCAUCAAAGUGGCCAACAACAAAUUCUUCAUCAAACAGAGCAAAGUGCCGCACUCGAGGCUGAGCAUGGACACGCGACGCCGCGUGGAGGAAGCGGCUCUGCUGUCGUCCGUGAUGGGCACGUACAUAACCCACGUAGGAGUCGGGCCAUACAUCAGCAAGGUGGAUCUCAUAAACCAAGCGAUCCGCGAGAAAGAGAGGCACAAUCCGCACGAGAAAGACUUCAAGAAUUACGGCCUGCACGACCGGACCGACUUCAACCAUCUGCCCUCGCCAUCGAUCCGCCAGCAGUCGGAGUGGGGCCAGACGGAGCGCAUGCGUAAGGAGGAGGUGAAGAGGCUCGAGGCUCAGUUUCCGCGCAUGGUCGAGGAGCCCUUCACGCUGCGGCUGCCGUCGGGCAAAGUGUUCGACCUGCACAACAACCUGUUCGCCAAGGUCUUCCCCAAGCGCCACCACCACACUCACUUCCCCCACGGCUACGGCGACUUCGACCACGGCCUCGGCUCGUCCAUCAACAAGGGCGCGGCGCCGGCCAGGCCCAGCAUGAAAGUCGACCGGCGUCACAGUCGCCGCCCCAGCCACGUCAGCUGAUGACGUUGCAGAAUCCUGCCACAUCAUCUGCCAGAUCGGAUGAACGAGCCAUCUCCUCAUCGGAAGGCGAGUUGGCAGAGAAACGAAAUCUUAAUGCGCUUUGGACUAUAAUUGGACAAGUGAUCGGAUUAGAGGCUAGCAAGACUAGCAAGGGGAAACGAAGUCGGCCUUACAACCUUCGCUGGAAACAAGAAGACGUCGUUGAGCCGAAACACGUCUUAGAGUAUGGAAUCUUCAUUGCAUCUGGUGAUACUCAGUCCUUUGAAAUCGUUGUUGUUCGUUUUCGAUUCUGUAUAUGUUUCGGAUGUGAAGUAUACACUAAAAAAUUGCAGCAUCUUCACAUCAAUCACCAAGUCAGAUGGGGGAAUAUCAAAAGCAAUCAAACAUGCCGAAACCAUCAAAGCUACACAGAUAAGUUAACCCAAGCAAGUUGCAACAUUUUGAAUCUUGUUUACCUCAGGAACUUAGAGCAUUGAAAAGGCGGUAUGUUAUUCAAAUAAUUUUGAAUUAUCAAGAUCUUUUGACAGUUUCUUGACAUCAAACGCAAAGUGAGCAAAUAGUGGAAUAACAUAAACAAUUUUUGGUCGCCAUGCACCUUGAACAACCUAAUCGCAAUGCCAUAAA